CGAUCAGUGUGUUACCGUCGUCAUCGUCGUCGUUGUCGUCGUCGUCGCGCGCGCGUUGCACUUUGCCUACUUUCGGCAAUUUCGGACGUGAAUAUUUUUCUUGUUUUGUGCACUCUGGAGGUUUUUGGCGAGUUCGGUUGUGCGCCACUUAUUCGGGGAUGUUUACAUUAAUUGGUGUUUGAUCAUCGCCCGCAAGUCGAGUGACAGAGCAGCCCAAACGGAAGGCAACGGCAGGCAGCCAGUGAAGGAAGAUGUUUUUAAUUUGACAAAUUGUGAUUGAUUGGCGGUUCGCCCCGAGUGAGAAGGAGGUUGUCAAUCGUGUUGUGGGAAGAAAUACACGAAUCAAACCAACCAAAAAAAAAAAAACAAAAAACGUGCCUCGUUCGCACAUUGCUUGCUGUGUGUGAAGUUUAUGGUUUAUGUUUGUGCGCUGAUUGUUAUCGGAAGAAAGUGAAAACGAUAGGCAAAAAGCCACCUCGGGGCCUAGCUGUGAUCAAAGCAGGCGUGAAAAAGUCAAUUUUCUCCGGAUUGGGUUACUUUGUGUGACAGUUUUUUUUGGUGUUGUUGUUGUUGUUCGACGAACGGCUAUCGAAGUAAGCAGACUCAGUUUCCGUUGUUACGGUUGCUGGUGGUGCUUCGGAUGAUGCCGCUCGACCAUCAUGGCCCCUAGCGGAUGGCUUGACUAGCGGAGGAUAUUCAGCGAGAAGAAUGGAUGUUCCGCCCAAGUCCCGCUACACGGACACCUCGUACCUGAUCUUCCAGCAGCUGAAGGAAGGUGGACUGCAGUGUGCCUUCCCGGUCAUCUACGAACUGCUGCAUCCGGGCAGUAAAUUUCCAGCAAGAACCGAUGAACUUCCGGCCGGGGUGGAACCGCUCAGUGAACCGGGUGCGAUCGGUAAGAAUGGCAAAAAAGCGACCGGUCAGUACAAAUCCCGGGAUAGUCGGAAAUCUUCCGGCAGUGGAAUCCCACGCAAACAGAGCAAAAUUGCGGAGAAACGAAAGAACCGUCGCAGUCUGGAGCUGAAAGCCGUCGAAGAGGCUAGCCGCGAGGAGGAAGAUGGAAUCAGUGUUACCAAAGAAUCCCUGACCGUCGUCGAUGGAACCACGGAUGACGAGAAAAAAGUGCAAGUGUGUGAUUUGUCCGCGGGGGGAAGUGGUUCGAGUGACGUUCGGCAUGUGAGCGUUAUCAGCAGCGGUGACGAGCAGUGUUGUGUGGUGCAGAAAGAUAUCCAGGUGGCGGUGGAUUUUCACCAUCGGCCAAAUUCCGAAGUCGAACCGGGCAGUAGUAGCCGGGUUAGUGCAGUAGUGGAAGAAACCAAUAACAACGAUGUGAAGUGUAGAUCGCAGAACGCAGAACGUCUACCGCAGCCGGAGCAAAGUGACGCGGGUGAAUCGGAUGCGGAAUCGGUCCGGACGGUGACUCCCGGUGGAGUAGUAGUGGAUGGUGCGAUUUUGGUGAAAGCACCCAGUGUUCAAAUUCGACGGAAGCAGUAUCUGUACGAGCCACCGUACCUGACCGGAUCCGAGUACAGCGAGUCGGAUUUUACCGAUACGGCCAGCAGUGUCGGCGAAUUCGACGAUACGGUGGCCGAAUAUGCUCGGGUGGAACUUGAAAAGAAAAACCAGCAUGAAGAUGAACAGCAACAGAUCAUCAACAAAUAUAAUUCGCUCCCGAUUCAACAGCAACAGCAACAGCAACAACAGCAUCACCAAUCACAGCACCUUCCACAGUCCCGGCCGGCCUCCAGCUUAAGUCAUGUAAAUAAUAACACAAGCAAUACCACCACCACUAGCAGCAAUGGCAAUCAUUACCAUAAUUACUCGGUGCACCAUCAAACGGCGACUGCCAACCAACAGCAGAACAGCUACAACAACAACAACAAUAGCGCAGGAUCAAACGAAUCCGCCCUGCGGUUAAGUUAUGUGACCGAGAGGAUACUGGCGUCGAUUCUGCCGGCCCGGAGGCGGAUCCGCAACGGUGGCAGUCCGGGUUUCGUCGAUGAGCACGAGCGGGAGCUGAUCGAAAUGCUGGAACAGAAGCACGAGAAGAACUACCGGAUAUUCGACCUGGAGUCGUGCAUCGCCAGCAUCAGCCUGGAGAAACUGUGCGAACUAUGCAAACACAUCGACUCGUGGCUCGGCAGCGGCAAGGAGAAGAUUGUGGUCCUGCAGGACAGAGAGGAUAAACAGCGACUGGGAGCGGCAAUCGCCGCCUAUCUCGAGUACCAGAAAAUCUGCGGUUCGAACUUUCCGCAGUCCAGUCGGAACAAAUCGCCCGGUUCGGGUCUUAGCGGACGGCGAACACCGACCUGGCUCGAUCUGGACAUUUACUCCACCCAGAAGUUUUUGGAAUCGAUCACCGGUCCGCUGCGGAUUCCGUCGCACAAACGCUACAUCAAGUACUUCUCCGGACUGCUGGCCGGAACGAUCAAAGUGAAUGCCUCGUCCGUGUUCCUGCGGGCCAUCAUCGUCGAGUCACCGCCCUGCCUGCACUACCGGGCCGUCACGGUGAACAGCGAGUGGCGUAGCUUCAUCAAGAUAUUCGAGGGCGUCCGGUGUCUGUUCACGUCGGACAUCUACGUGAUACCGAUCACCACCCGGCAGUUCAUCUACGAAAUCAAACAUCCGCUGCGGUUGCGCGGCGAUGUGCUGAUACGUUGCUAUCAGAUCAUACCAAAUAACAACAAACUGCACGACGAGAAGGAACUGAUCUCGACCGUGCAGUUUCACACCUGUGCCAUAACCCAGAGGGAAGUACAAUUCGCCAAGGUCGAGCUGGAUCUGGCCUGCGACGAUGACCGAUUUCCGGCCGACCACAAGGUAACGCUUUGUUUCAACACAACACCGAACGAACGGAGUGCGAUCGUGGUCUUCCAGAACCCUCUCGUGCGGAUAGAACCGAUCAUCGACGGUGGUGACAAUCUGGAAACGAUCAACGAGGACGAAUCGAAUCACACGCAGGGUCCGCUGGAUGGUUCCCUGUACGCGACGAUCCUCAAGAGUCCCAAAUCUCCUACAGCCGGUGGUAUUCCGCAGACGUUGAUCUCCCCGCCGGCCGAGUUUAGUAACACAAAAACAAUUCUCAACGGUGGCUCAGCUGGAGCAGGAGUAGGAGGAGGAGUACAACCGCCGGUGACACCUCCGCCGCGAAACGCCAACUACCACCUUUACGACGGUGCCAAACGCUAUCAAAAUGCUCCCGGAACGGGUGGUCGAGGGACCGGCUACGGGUACCAGGGAAAAUCGGUGACCGGCGAAAGUGCCAAGAACGGUGGUGUCAAUUCGAGUGAUAAUGAAAAUAAUAAUAAUAAUAGUGCUAGUGGUAACUACAGAGCAGUGAUAGAAAACGGGAGUGGCUACGAUCAAAACCAGAACCCGGUUAGUCAGCGGCAAACGCAGGUUAGGAGUCAGGCAGACGGGCGAGAAUCGGUGCGAAGUCCACUGACACUGUCUAUGGACUCCGGAAUAUCGAGCAGUGGUCCGGUGAAUCGUCGCCUACAAGGUUCCAGCGUAUCGCCAUCCAGUUUUCCAAGUCAAGCUAGUCCACAAGAUGAUCGCCACCGUGAGUUGGACGAUUUGCUGUCCGAUAUGCUGAUGACGGUCCAAGGCAUUCCGGACGUUGGUCGAAAAGCUUCCGAGCAUCAACAUCAUCAUCAUCAUCAACAGCAACAGCAACAGCAGCAACGAAUCAUCACCCACUAUCAGCAGCAACAACAGCAGCAGCAAAAUCUGAGCGAUCAUUUUGUAAACACAAACACCGAUACGAUCAAGCGUUCGCAUUCGGCCCACCUGCCGGCACUCAGAGAGGAACGAACCGAUCCGGAGGAAGGUUUGAACAGCAGCAGCAACAACAACAUCAACGCCAAAGAGCGUGAGUUACUGAUGUACGAAACGAGCAGUACGACAACGACGCUGACGCCACCGCCAAGUGAGAGUGGCCGUGAGACACCGCUGCUGAGCAGUGCCUACUCGACCAUUCGCGAUAAGAGAGAUCUCGCCGGGUCUCACUGUCUCACGCCGACCGAACGGGAGCUCAUCAUGAACCUGCAGCACCACCAGCAUCAGCAGCAGCAUCAUCAGUCUUUCGGAUAUCCCCGUCAGGCACGGUCUACUACCGGAGCUUCGGAACGGUUCACUUCGGACGACGACGACGAUUACCGAGGGCAACAGCAGCAGCAGAUUCCGUAUCACGCCCGUGAGGACUCACGACCCUUUACCUACGGUAGCAUACCGCUUACGGGUACGCCCCAAAAUCCGCCCGCUUCCACCAUGCUGAAGAUGCAGUCGGGUCUGUCGAGUCCGUCGAUGGUGCGCAAAGCGCUCGGCACUCCGACCACCGGUCGUAAAUCGGGAGGAGGAACUGGUGGCACCGGGUCCACCAUCGGUCGGAACUCGGAAUUCGAGGAAAUGCUGCGCGAACGGCGCGAAAAAGUGUUUAGUGAAAAGUACACCAUCGGCGAUCAACAGUCGUCUCCCGGUGGUGGUGGCGCGGGUGGUGUUUUAGGUGGUGAUAACAGUGUUGUGAACAGACGCGGCACCGGGUUCGAUACGGUCGACAACGGCCGGUGGAUCACAAAUAGUUACACGGUUAAAACGGUCACUACGUCCGGAGCGGAUCAGAACGGCUAUCACCUACCGCACGAACCGCUCAAACGGUCCAACACCAUGGACGGUAGCUUCGGGCGGCCAUUCUCCAACGAUGGAAUCUCCGGCCAAACAUGGCUUCAACUUCAACAGCAGAAACUACGUGCCAGAAAGGAACAACAGAAACGAGAACAUUCAAACAGUUUUAGUUACAGUUAUGGCAGCCCUGCAUUCCCCACCGCUGACAACUCGCUGUACAACAGUCAAACCACGCACCGACGCAGCCAGACGCUGUCACCGGUUCGCAACGAACGCAGCUAUCACACGCUGACCACGACCCGGACGCACUCCAACGAGCGGCCGUUUGUUGCCGUUAAACGGGCCCACGAAAACGCCAAGAUGCAAACGAUCGGUUCUGCACCGUUAUCCGUUUUGAAUGCCUCACCGCACGGUCAUAUCGCACAAAUCCAACGCCAGCAGACGGCGUCACCUUCGCCAUCCGUGGUUUCCACCCCAACAACAACCAUGGAUUGCUAUGAUCAUUCUCAACCACAUCAUCAACAACAACAUCGGCAGUACACCGUUAACAGUAGCAAUAGUGUCACUAGUAGCAGCAGUAACAUCAACAACGGGGGACAUGGCGGUCAAAAAUCACUCCUGAAUGGUGGGAGUCCCGUCGUCAGCCAGAGCCAGGUCCAGAAUGGGUUGCUCUCGCUGGCCGACCAUGAACACUCGACGCCGAAGCACGGACAGGCGAGAUUGGUAGGUUUUACGAUGCUUUUUUUUGUUUGGUUUUUACCCUAUACUAGCCCUAACCGAAAGUGACAGGUUUGUCUUAUGGUGGAUAGUAACUGUACGUGU